AGAAGAACCCACCCAUCAAGCUAGUGGAAUAGUGGAGUUUACCAGGAUAUACAAAGAUUACCGGGAUGCGUCGAUCUGUUUUGCUGUUCCUAAUCUCCGCCAUUGUGCUGAGCGCGGCACUUCCUUUGCCCCCAAUUUGGGAGGACUCCGAAUCGGAUUCCGAGUAUAAUGAUUAUAGUGAGCUAUCGAAGCAGCAGAAUCUGAAGAGCAGUAUCGAGAAAACUAUCAGCAAGCGAGCUACCAAGGACACUAGUAACAGCACGGAAGAUGAUGAGCUCACGGAUGGUAGCAAUGAGAAUGUUAACGAUAAAAUGGACAGCUCAAUGGAAUCGUCUUCUAUGCUGAUCAUGGCAUCCGAGGAAGAAUCGGAGUCCGCUGUCAGAAGGCGCAGGUCUGGUGAGAGGAACAGGAAUAUAGGGCUCCUGGCCACGAUUUGCCCAAAUGCUGAUUUCAGAGAUUUGGAGAACGGUAUUACCCUAGAUUCUAGAAUUGAAAUAAGGGAUAUGUAUGCGAUUUGUAAAACUCUACCAGAGUCCGGUCGUCUACAGCAAUACAACCGUUCAUAAAUUAAAUAAAAGCAAAGAAGAAUUCU